GCGAUGAAUCAGACAAGGCGCUAGCCCAGGCAACACACAUCAACCCCAGACUCGCGCAUCCUUCGCACCACCAUCAUCGAACGAGGUCGAACGCUGUCGUCGCGUGCUGACCCUGAGUGAGCUAGGACUCAUCAACACACUAGGCCAUAGACAUUCUGGUAUCUGCUUACUGGACUGUCCAUCAAAGGCUUGGGAAGGGCCGGGCUGCAGCGACGGGCAGCUCCACCCCGCGGCUGGCCUGACCUGGCCCCGAGCCUGGACCCCAACCCACAUCCCCCCACGCUCGUCUGGGGCGCCCGCUCGGCCGCACAAUCUGCUCUGCCAGCCACAGUCCUAACACCACAUGGCCGAAACGCACGCGGAAGAGCCGCGCUUGGACGGCAGCGGCCCGCCGGCCGUCCCUCACGGCCACGGUCACGGUGCCGCUGCCGCUGCAGCGCCUGAGACGCAUGCCGAGCAGCAGCAGCAGCAGCAGCCGCAGCCAGACGACUCGGAGCUGACACCACCGCAAAGCUCGGUGUGUGAGGCUCUGUCUCGGCCUGACAUCUUGCUAGAGGUGCUGUGCAGGCUGCCCAGCCUGCCCGACCUGGCGGCGGCCUGCGGGGUGGCGCGCGCCUGGGCCGCCGCCGCCGCCGCCGACGCGCCCUGGCGCCGCCUGUACCUGCGCCACUUCGGCACGCCGGAACCGGCGGAGCGCUGCCGCAGCUACCGGGAGCAGUGCGCCCGCCAUGUGGGUCUGCGCUGGCCACAGCCGCCGCCGCCGCGGCCGCCGCCCCUGGGUGCAGUAACAGCCGCAACACCAGCAACAGCGGUAGCAGCAACAGCGGUAGCAGCGCAACAGCUGGCACUGCCCGCACGGCACCCAGUGUCACUCACCGCCGGCCCACACGGGAAAGAGCCACACGGGCAGCGGCGGCCGCGGCGGCGGCAGUGCUCACUGCCGCUUGGCGCCCUGGAGCGGUACGACGAAACGUACGGCGGCGGCGCGGGCGGCGGCGGCACGUACGGCAUCCGUACACUGGCGGUGUCGUACGACCCCGUGACGCGGUGCCUGCUGCGUGCCGUACGCUGCCGCACGCUGCUGGGGGACGACACGCGCGUGGCGGUGCAGGCGGUGGCGCUGGAGUGGGAGGAGGAGGAGAAGGAGGAGGAGGCGGGGACAGUGAAUGAAGCAGAAACAGCGAAGGAUGCGGGGGCCGGGACAGCAAAGGAGACGAGGUCAGCAGAUGUCGGCAAAGGGGAAGCGGGGCAGGAGGCGGGCGAGGCGGUCCGCGUAGGCGCGGCAGCGGCAGCAGCAGCGGGUUGUCGCUAUGUGGAUGCCGCCAGCUGCGCGGUGCCGAGAUGGGUGUGUUGGCUGUCUGUGGACGGCCGCCCGCCGCCUCCGCCGCCGCCGCCUCACGCCGAGGCACAUGACGCCGCCGAGGACCCCGCGGCGGGCCGCCGGCGCGCGAUGAGUCCUGUUCAGGCGCAGCAGCUGGAAGCGUUGGCGGACCUGCUGCCUGCCGUCAUGUGCGCCGCCGGCGGCCGCCUCUACCUGCCCGCCGGGCCCAGGGGUCAGUCCCUGGCCGUCUGGGACCUGGCGGCGGCGCUGGCGGCGGCGCCGCCGGCCACCGCACCGCCGCCGGAGGCGGCGGCGGAGGCGGCUGACGCCGCCUCCGGCGGGGGCGACCUCCGGUCGCCGCAUUGCUGGCUUACCACGGAUGGGGAGGAGGCGGGAGAGGGAGAGGGGGAGGCGGCUGCGGCGCACCCGGGGCGGUUGCUGGCGGCGGCGGCGGACGGGUCGUUGGCGGUUAGCGGUUGUGACGGCGGCGUGCUGCGGGUCUGGCACGGCGGCGCGCGGCGGCUGUUGGGCAGUGGCGACAUCCGGUCGCUGACGCUGCUGCCGCCGGUGCCGCUGUCGCCGCAGACGUCAGCCGCCGCCCGCGCCGGCGCCCCCGGCCUGCGCCACCACCUCCGCCUGGCUGUGAACGAGCGCUGCGGCCUAGCUGCCGCCGCCCUGGCCUCGCCCCUGGCACCGACCGUGCACGUCUUCCGAGCCGCCCCCGCCCCCACCUCCACCUCCACCUCCACCUCCACCACCUCCGCCCCUACCUGCGCAGCCUCCGCCUCGGCAUCCUCCAUGUGGUUAUCGCCCGCUGCGGCUGCCGCGGCGGCGGCGGCUGCGCCCGCGAGGGCGGGCGGCGUGGGCGAGUGUGUGCGGGUGCUGACGCCGGGCGGCGGCGCGCCGGUUGACGGGUUGGUGGUGUGCCGGGGGCACCUCAUCGCCACCAGCGCCCUGUGCAGCGACGUGAUGGGGGCGCGCUUCGGCGGCAGCGGCGGCAGUUCGCUGCACAUCACCGUCACAGCCUCGGCCUGGAGGCUGCCGGAGCCGGAGCCGGUGGCGGCGGUGGUGGCGGCGGCGACCGCCCCGGGAUACAGUGAUGGCGGGGAUGGGAGGGAUGGCAGGGGCGGCAGUGGCCGCAGUGGCGGCGAGGGCUUGACGGAGUGGGGCGAGCAAGUGCGGCUGUACUCGAGCAGGCUGCAGCUGGAGCACCCGCGCACGCUGGUGCUGGGCCGCCUGCGCCCGGUGCUGCUGGCGGCGGCGGAGGACCUGCUGCUGCUGCCCGUGCCGCGGAACGUGGGCGGAAGGCCGCCGCACCAGCAGCUGUUGGCGCUGUCCCACCCCCUGGGCGACUGCCCCUGCUGGGGCGGCCCACAGGCAGACGACCAGGAGAAAGAGCAGGGGGUGGAGGAGCAGGAGGACCAGGGGGAGCAGGAGGAGGGGCAGGAGGAGGAGGAGGCUGUGGAGGGCGAGGGUGCAGGGCAGCAGCAGGAGCAGGCGCAGGGGGAGCGUCAGGGGGAGCCGCAGCAGGGUGUGACGCCAGCAGCGCCAGCGCGGGGCGGCACCGGCGCCGCCAGCCGCACCGGCAGCAGCGGUGGCGGCACCGGGGGCGGCAAAUUCGUGGUGCUUUCAGAGGAGGAGCGACUGCCCUGGAUUGAAGUUGUGGAGGACGCGGGCGGUGUGCUGGCGGCGGCGCUGCCCACCCCGCGGCACCUGGUGCUGCUGCGGGACGACGGCCGCGUGGGGCUGUACGGCGUACUGCCGCCCUGACGUGCGUGUGUAGUGAUGACAGGCAAGGUGGCAGGCAAGGUGACAGGCGUGUGAUGCAUGGAUGGCUGCGUGAUGUGUGGGAGUCAUGGAUGAUUGGAACUUUGGUGUGUGGCGCGUGUGGAUGGAGGUGUGAGCAGCGGACUGACAGGCUGACUGGUGCGGCGGAGCGUGUGUCGCGUUGUGACGGUGGGACAUGGGUGCUACUGUGGCCCUGUGCCGUGCCUUGAUGUUGGAACGAGAGUUAUGAGAACAGACCACACGUUUGCGCAGCUGGGAAUAUUUUUGCAAGCACGGAAGGUUGGUUUCGGGCGCAUCCUUUCUGGUAGUCCCAACGCCAGCCCGGCCGGCGUCGUCCAGCCCAGCCAUCCCAAUACAGCAGCCACCUUCCGUCAGCCAGCCAUGGGCGCGACCGUCCACAGCGUUUACCGUCGGUUACGAGGUAACAUGUGAAUUCGCAACUUGCGCUACUGACUGCCUACCCUCGUGCCGCCUGCAAGCCCACUCCGCCUUCCGCUCUGGUCUACGUACGCAUUAGUUCCGCAACACUCGUCAAUAAGCAGUGGCAAUGAGGCUGUGGCGUCGCGCGCUAUGGUACGCAACGGACGCGCAGCGGUGACGCAAGUGUGUGUGUGGUCCGUCGAGCUGAGACGCAGGUCUUGCAACCCAGCGCGUGCGCGUGUGUGUGCAUGUUUGCCGAAGAGCUUGCUUGGACAUAGUGGUUAGGCUGUGGUGGUGGUACGUAAGCGCGCGAAUGAGCGGAUC